UAUAUUGUAAACGCUAAUCGCAUGAACUUUGAUUCGAGACUACGCGUCAUGUUUUCGCAUUGCGCGAUUUUGAAUCAAAAAAUUCUUGACCUUGCGUGUUUACAAAAUACAGAGAUCUCACGCGCGCAUUGCACUUACGUCAGCCAAACAACAAUACCACGUAAUAUUUAUAAACUUCCAGCUGAAGGAGGUCGACGCAGAAGGGUCAAGCUUGAUCUGCAGGGCGAUUUCGGUCAGAUCAGCAACAUCUCGCUGAUAGAUAACUUGGGAGAUGCGCUCAAAGUCCUGGAUCAAAACAGCUCGACUGCAGAAACUUUCGAAAUUGAGACCAUCAAAGAGCAGCAGUUCGAUUUCGACGAGAAGUCCGUUCCUGAACAAGCUCUCUACGUGAAAGUUGAUGGCAAGGAUCUGCAAGGCAAUGAUUUCGUACGUCUCUCCUACUUGAAUAGCAACAUCCAGCCUAAGCAUCCGAUCGAGAUUGAAAUAGAUUCGAAGACAGACCUCCUGCUAAGACCUAACCAGAAUGUUAAGAUAUAUUUUGAAGUCACCAAUAACCAAAAUUACGUGGUUUACGUUAACUUCAAGUGCGAAGACAACAAGCGCUUGCUCAGAUGGAUGGAACCUUUAAGUACAUGGAUGCAACCGCGACAAACGAAAGUUGUUGCCGUUACAAUUUUCACACGGAAUGAUUUCGGCUCAAGCUACCAGGAUUUCGUGACAUUCUAUGCGAUGACCGGACAAGAAAAGUAUAUUAAGAAGAUUCUCUUGAAUGUGGAUGCCAAACACGUGGUAGAUACAAGGAAGCCGACAAUCUGGCACAAGUUCACAAGUAAUUGUUUGAACGUGCUCCUCGCAAACUGCGAAGAUGCCACCUGGAGUGUGGAAAUUACGGCGCAGGAUAAAGAGUCGGGCCUUAUGCUCCUCACUCCUAACAUUCAUUUCCCUAAUGGGUUUACCACAGGGACGACCGAGGAAGUGACAGGCUACUAUAGCGCAUCCUGCUGCGAGUCACAGCUUCAGCUGACGGCAACCGAUAGGAGUAACAAUAAAAGGACGUACAUUAUAGACGCUUAUAAGGCGACCCUUGGCCCGUGGGCGAUUGCAGCAAUAGUUUUUGGAGUUCUUUUGAUAAUUGCUCUGAUUGUGGGUAUUAUCCUCGCGAUAGUUUGCAGGAGGAAGCAGAAGGUAUCUGUUGAUCUGCCAACUACCUCCUAUCGUGGUCCAAUCAAUUCAGCAUCCACAAAUAGAUACUAAAAAUCAUCAAAAUACAGAGCGUUUUUUAUUUCAAAUUAUUGUCUAGCAUAUGCUAUAUAUUAGUCUAUUAUACUUUUCUACACUAUAUUUGUUUUCUUGCGUUU